AUGGCUUGUGCUGGUAGAUGGGGAUGGCUGCGCCGGGGCGACCCGAAACCCUACGUGCAUGCCUUCUGCUCGACGAAAUGCGCCGGAGCACCACCCAGCGCCUGGGGCCGCGGCCCGGCCGCCGUCAAGCCCGACCGCCUCAGCGCCCUCCCGGACACGCUCCUGCACAACAUCAUGUCGUCCCUCAAGGCGUGGGAGGCGGUCCGCACCUGCGUGCUCGCGCGCCGGUGGCGCCACCUCUGGGCUUCCUCGCCCUGCGUCGACCUCCGCGUGCGCCACUCCUCCGACCGCGACGCCGACCCGCCGGGGGAGUUCCGCCACUUCGUGCAGCGCCUCUUCCUCCUCCGCGACGCGUCGGCGCCCGUGGGCACGCUCCACCUGCGGUCCGGCGACGAGGACGCCGGCUACGACGAGGACGACGCCAGCGCGUGGAUCAGGGCCGCCAUCAACCGCAACGCGCGGGUCAUCCAUCUCGCUGGGCAUCGCUCGGAGAUUGCAUCGUUGGAACGCGUGCAGUUCGUCUCGUGCCACCUCAAGGUGCUGAAGCUGUCGUAUGCCAGGCUCGACGGCCAGAUCCUCAAGCAGCUCUCUUCCAGCUGGACGUCUUUGGAGGAGCUGGAUCUCAAGGAUUGCCUGGUGACUGCUGCCGGGAUUGUGUCUGCCUCUUUGAAGACUUUGAUCAUGCUCAAGUGCAAGAUCAACUGCGCCUUCUCCAUUGCUGCUCCGAACCUCCUACUUCUGCGCCUCACCACGCCUUACGUCCGAGUCCCAUCGUUCAACAACUUGGGGUCACUUGUCACCGGCACUAUCAUACUUGAUGACUCUUUCUUGGGUGAUGACUUUGAACACAUCAGUGAUGAAGAUGACUGUGAUGGAACUACUGAUGAUGAUGGGGAUGAUAGCGAUGAUAAUGAUUGGACAGAUACCUCUAAGAUUCAUGAUGAUGACUCUUCCUUGGGUGAUGAUUUUGAAUAUGAUCAUUUUAUAAGAUUUGGAUAUGGAGAUACUUUUGCUGAAGAAAGUUACACGCAGGGUCGUUACAAGGAUAAUUUUGAUUAUGGUAGUGAUAUCGAUAGCGAUGACAAUACCUAUGAAUACGGUGAGAUUGCAAAUGAUGCAAAGCAUGGCUACAAAGGUAAAGGCCAGAUUUCCAGUAAUGAUGGUAACUAUGGUGGAAACAGAGAAUGCAAUGGUAGGAAGAUUUUAGGUGGACGCCAUAUUCUCGAGUCUCUUUCAAGUGCUAGGACUUUCGAGUUGUUGACUGAUGCGGGAUAGGUGGUUCUGAGUAGGGAACUGGAAAUGUGUCCAAGUUUUGGCAACCUGAAGACCCUGUCCCUUGGCGAAUGGUGUAUGGCUACAGACUUUGAUACACUAAUUUUCUUGCUGCAGCACUCACCUAAUAUACAGAAGCUCUUUCUCCAACUUA